UAAGUGUUCCUCAGACUGGACUGGAUCUGGUAGAUUAUGUUAGAGUUCUGGUGCUCCAUUGUUAACGACGACGAAUAUAGUCAAUAUAGUGACGAUAUGGCACCGCCACCCACGUCCUCUCAGGAACCUGAGUCUACCAGUAAGACACACCGUGUGAAAUUUAACGGCGACACCAUACAACAAUUAAAACUCAAGGCAUUGGAAAAUGUGGGCUCUACAAAUGCCUUUUUCAAUUACCUACUGGCCCAGCAAAUUCGUGAAGUGAACAUAGCUGGACUCAAAUACCAAGAUGUGGUGUGUUCCCAUAAAAUAAUCGCAGGGAAACAGAUAUGGGGCUCGAUGGAUGAGGAGCAACGGGAGCCCUACCUACAACUUGCUGAGCAUAUUGCCAAACACCAUAUUGGAACUUUUCAGGAUAAAAAGAAACUGGACGAAAUGAGCUACCAAAUCCGAAGAAAAAUCAGCCCGAGAAGAAAACAAAAAUCACUGAAAGCUCUACGAGCAACUGAGUUUUUGAGAGAGGGAUGGUUGAGAGAGACCAAAAAACGCUUGGAGAACGCUCCCCAUCGCCAAAUGAGCAUCUUGGCAGUGGACCGCAAGGAACAGGCCAACGUUGGUGGUCUACUGAGUAGGCGCUACGGCCAAAUGCUCCGUGGAGGCAAAUACACGGAUUGUGUGUUUCACGUGUGUAAUGAGCAGGUUAAGUGCCACAAACUUAUCCUGAGCGCGGCCAGUCCUGUUUUUGAGGCCAUGUUCUUUGGGCCACUGCAAAGCAAUGAACCAGAGCCGGAAAUUGAAAUCCACGAUAUUAGUGAAGCCAUAUUUAAGAUUCUGGUGGAUUACAUCUACACGGGCGUCGUGGACUAUAACGGCCAGGAGCUGGUGGCCUGCAUUGAGCUGUACUAUGCGGCUGAGAAGUAUUUUCUGGAGGAGCUCAUCUCUGACACGUUGAUUGCCAUUACCCGAAAGUUGCGUUUCGCCAAUAUCAUGCCGGCACUGGAGCUGAGUGUUUGCAUGGGCCUCGACGGCCUUUUGGAUGUCUGCAUGACGUUCUUCAUGCGCUGUUGUGUGAAUAAUGGACAGUUUAAGAACCAUCUAAAGGAGAACUAUGUGCACGUAUCCAAGGAGUGCGUAAAAGCUAUCAUUGCCGCUUGCAAGGAGCCGCACAAGCUGCUCAUCUGGUACGUUUACGAGUGGACGCAGCAGGAGUGCGAGGAGUUGGGCCUAGGUCCCAGUGAUGCGGAUUUGGUGGUGCACGGAUUGGGUGGCGGAUCGAGCGAUUGGCACGUGGCCUCUGGUGUCAAUGAAUUGGAAUCUCCUGCUCCAGCUCCCGUGGUUUCUGUGGAACGCUGCUACUACAAAGCCUGCCGGCCGUUUACUGUGGAUGCCGAGACUCCGGUGUUCCGCCUGCGUCUGAAGUGUUCCAGAUUCAUCUCCCUGAUGGGUUUGGUGCUCAACAGCCGAAUGACCCCCAAUCGUAUGGGCCACGUCCAACAGCUGGAGUACCGGGAGUCGUUGCGCCUGGACAUCUGUGAGGUGCCCGCUGAGAGCGAGAGUCCAGCCACUGCGCCUGUGUGGAGUCAUGACGUUCAAGGCCAGAGCACCAAGUAUAACUGCGAUCUCCACCUCAACUGGCGCCGCGAGGAGGCCUGCGUGCUCAAUCCGGAGCUGUCCUACGAGCUGCAGAUCCGCUGGGACACCAGUGCCUACGGGGCGGAGUAUCCGUGCAGCCUGCAGUCCUGCCAGGCGGACGGAAUCCGGUUCACGGACGGUGACAGCUUUAGCGGAAGUCUCGUCAAGGGACUGCGCUAUGCCAACCUGGUGUAGUCGCUCCGGAUGCGAAACUCCAUACCACAAUAAGUUAGUCCGUAAGGCGUGUGUGUAUUUAUUGCCCUAAGUUAAUGUACGCUGCCUCAGAGUUCAAUAAACUGUGAGUAGAUCGCUUUAA